GCCAGGUUCUUCAUGAACUUUCUCACUUUGAUUGGGGUUUAAAGGGAGGGGGUGGGGGGAAUCCUCCAGCCUCCCUCCCCCCCCCGGCUUCCUUCCCCCAAAUCCAUCCAGCAUUGGGUUAGAAUGUGUCCAGUUUCUGAUCAGUUUGAAGGGGGCUUGUGUGUGGGCUGGGGAGAAAUGAUGAGCCCUUGUCUUCCUGGGGCUGCAGCUGAGACCAGUGGAUGUUAGAUUUCCCACACUGGAGACAAGAUCUGGUCACUGAAUACAGAGGGGACUUCCCGCUUUGGCUGUCCAUCGCCACUGAUAAAGGCAGAGAGGUUUCCUCAGACCCCCUUGAAAUCUGGCAAGCCCUUCCCCGCACUCAAGAACCGAAAGAUUAAUGAGUCGCAAAGUAGAUAAAGAGAGGAUGCACUAGCCGGCAGCCAUGAAUGUCCAGCUGGGUUUGGAGAACACCGGGGACAUGUCCAGCCAGGAGCAGGAGCUGAUGCAUGGCCAAGGCAGAGCUUUACACUCCGCUCUCUCCAGACCAUCUCUGGUGGCCUCGGUGCUGGACGGCAGUGAGUAUCACCGAGCCGAGCACCACCUGGCCACCUCUUUGCACCCGGGGCUUGGCUUUGGUGGGGAUUCGCCCACCGGGGCCGCCAACAGCUACACCACCUUGACCCCCCUGCAGCCGCUGCACGAGAAAUUCCACCACCAGCACCAUCACCACCAGUGCCUGCCGGUGGGCAACGUGAUUGGGAGCUUCACCCUGAUGAGGGAAGAAAGGGGCCUGGGUUCCGGCGCUAACUUUUACAGCCCUUACCACAAGGAUCUUGGCAUGGGGCAGAGUCUGUCGUCCCUGCCCAGCCCGAACCUGACCCCCAUGCAUAGCUACAGCCACUCUGCCGGACACUUGGGCAACGAGAAGAUGGUGGUGGCCAAUAACUUCGAAGCCCACCCUGCCAUGUUUGGCAGGAUCGACCAGCACUUUUCCAGGGAGCUUUCCCCCUCCCAGAACUCCACCAUGGGAUCCCCCAACAGCAUGGGCCAGCACCACUAUGUCCAUGCCCGGCCAGACGUGAAUUCCAGACCCAACCAGCCCAUCUCCACCCAAACCACCGUCCUCUCCAGCCAGCUGGAGGAGAUCAACACCAAAGAAGUGGCCCAGCGGAUCAUCGCUGAGCUCAAGAGAUACAGCAUCCCCCAGGCCAUCUUUGCCGAGAGGGUGCUGUGCCGGUCUCAAGGCACCUUGUCAGACCUUCUCAGGAACCCUAAGCCCUGGAGCAAGCUCAAGUCCGGGAGGGAGACUUUCAAAAGGAUGUGGCGCUGGCUGCAGGAGCCCGAGUUUCAGAGAAUGGCAGCUUUAAGGUUAGAAGCCUGCAAAAGGAAAGAGCAAGAGCAAGGCAAAGCCGACAGAAACCACGUCCCUAAGCGGCACCGGCUGGUCUUCACGGACAUCCAGCGCCGCACGCUUCACGCCAUCUUCCACGAGAACCAGCGGCCUUCCAAGGACCUGCAGGUCACCAUCGCCCAGCAGCUGGGCCUGGAGCUCUCCACCGUCAGUAACUUCUUCAUGAAUGCACGGCGCCGCAGCCUGGACAAGUGGAUGGAAGAGGGGCGCCCCCCAUCCUCGGGCACCCACGCCUCUUCUGCCAUCACUUGCACCAAAGCAUGAGGGGAAGCCAGGGUGCUGGACAGGGGGCACCGCGCCAGGCUGGUGUCAAUUGGGUGGGGUUUGAUGGGGUGGGUUGUUUUUAAUUUCUCCUCUUCGGUGAUUUCUUUCCCCUUCCCCUGCCCGAGUUUUUUUUUCGGCUGUUUCAACAGAACCCACAUGGCCCAGAUCCUCAGCUAACAUAAGUCAGCUCCUUUGCAUUGAGUGGGGGCUUGCUGAUUUACCCCAGCUGGGGAUCGGAGCUUAAAUAAUCACAUGCAAGAUCCUCAGCUGGGGUAAAUGGGGCCACGCUGAUUGGCACCAGCUGGGGAGCUGGGCCCCCCCCUUCCCCGGUUCCAAUAACACUGCCUGGGAGGCAGGGGAAGCCCAUGGCUGGAGAUUUGGGUGCCUGGGGGAGGUCGUGGCUCUUUAAAGAGCAUUUGUUUCCUCUUGACGAUUGAGCCCAUGGUUGUUUCCUUUUUUUGGAAGGCGGCGCUGCCCAGAGGUGAGAAAUACGGCAGGAGCCUUCCUAGUGUACCGGCGUCCGUGGGUGGGUCACGAGCGAAUGCAGAACCGCUGGAUCUGAAAGCCUGAGCUGCCCCUGCCUGAAUUAGAGAAUGAAGGGUGAAAGCUUGAAAUCAACGGGAGUUUUGCCAAUGACUUUAGUGGGGCCAGGAUUUUGCCCCAGAUCCGUUGGCUCAGUGAGACUAGUGGGCUGCUGAAACGCUAUACGUGGUCUUGCCACGGGGGCUGGGGCAGGGAGCUCCCGUUGGCUUGGGUUACACAAGCCCUUUGGGGGUGCUUCCAUGUGGAACCAGGUGAGACAGCCGUCACCGCCAACACAGACAAUCCCCCGGGAGCAGGAAACAAUCCAGCACUUUGAAAUGGUUCUGCUCAGGGGCUUUGAUUGCGUUUGAGGCAGGGCUUUAUUUUGCCCGAGCUACUUCACCACAAGCCAGGAAGGUCAAGACGGGGAUCCCCAAGGAUCAGAGAUGUUUGGGUCCAGGUUCCCGCUCACUUUAGUACCCCGAUUUCCCUCUGGCCCUUUGACUCUCUGGUGGGGACGCUCAAAGGAGCUUUGAGGCAUCUCAUUGAAUGGCAGUGCGAGCUGGGUGCCUAACUCCCUUAGACUCCACUGGAAAUCCCAGUCUCUCUCCAGUAAUCCCAGUUGCUGGGAAAUGCUGGUGAUUCUAAGGACACGAACCUCGCCCACUCCUCCCCACUGGUGUCUCUCAAGCAGCAGCUUUGUCUGUCACUUGGGAGGCUAAAGGGCAUCUCUUUUAACUUCCAGAUUUACACUGGAAUUGGCAACAUCAAAGAGAGAAAGAAAAGACCUGGACAAUUCACCCCCCAGGGCACAAAAGUGGGAUUCUGAACCCAUCCGUCCCUAAACUUGUGAUGAUAGAUACCAUCUUCCCAAGACCACCCACCUGCUGACUUUACCUCUAAGCCCUGCCUUUUGGUCUUGGUCAGGGGAAUUGUUUCCCCUACACAGGCCUGCUGGUGGGAGCAUGGGGAUAAAGGGAAAAGGCUGUGGAAGCUCUUUGUGCCCUCUUGUGAGUCAGGCAUGGUAAGAUUCUCACCCACUACUGCAGUCCAGCUCUGAGAGGUGCCUCUGUCAGCCAGCCCCCGGCACAUCUCUGCUGCAGAACUGGCAGAAGCCA